AUGACAACCGACCACCCCAUGCCGGUCGCCGGGUCCAAGGGCGUCCUGACGCAGACGUUCGUGCCGGCCGCAAGCCUGCACCCGGAGAUCCACAACGUCAUGGUUCACGGAGACGGGACGCAACCCGUUCGGGUCCACAGCGUCUCGCGAGUGGCGCCCCCCGCCGAGAAGCCGCGCGGGCGGGCGUCUGUCUCGGUGAGGCAGUCCGCGCGCUACUCCAUCCUUGUCGCACAGGGCCCAGAGGAGACCCGCCUGAUGGCGGUGGGCUCCGCCGACCUCGCGAAGCCGGCGGCGCUGCUGCACGUUGGCCAGGAGGGCACCUUCCUGCACGUCUCCGAGCCGCGCUCGCGCAAAGCGUCCUCCCACUCGUGGCCGCCGUGCAAGAGGCAGCAUCAUCUCUACUCGGGCCGCCCCGCCAACAUCCUGCCGUCCCCAGCGUGCCGCGAGCCCAGUGCUGGCGGCCAGGAGGAGCCGUCCUGGCACUCCUCCCUGUCCAAGUCCUCCGAGCCCCUCUCGUCGUCCAGCUGCUCCCUCGGUGACGGCGCGGCCGAGUCCGUCAUCCUGCCGAGCCCGCUGACCAGGCUCAGCGACAAGCUGAAGGCCUCCUCGACGGGCCUGCCGAGCCUGGGCAGCGGCGGGCACUUCGACGGGGAGUGCAGGCCGUGCAGCUACAACCACCACGGCCGCUGCAACUUCGGCAUCUGGUGCAAGAAGUGCCACCACCAGCACUUCAAGGUACGUGGGCGCGUGACACAGCUCAAGCCGAACCACGUGCACAAAACCCAGUCGUCUGCCACCGCGUCGAGCUCGUCCGCUCAGCAGACUCCCCGGACCAAUUGCCCGUCGAGUGCCGGAUCGAGCACCCCUACGCAGCAGACCCCUCGGACUCAGUGA